AUGGGAGCUCGCGAGUUCAUUGGCCAUGACGUUCAGAACCGCAGUCGAGAUGGCUCUCGGGAAGCAGAGGAGAAAGGUCAGACACCGGCAGCAACCAGCACGGCUCGCAGGAUCAUGAGCAAGGCCAAGCUCAUCAUCACCCCUCUGGAUUCCCAUCGACGUGAAGCCUUUGCGUCGUAUCCGUCCGGAGCAGGCCCUCUCUCCACGGAAAGUGUUGACGAAUGUAAGACCACCACCAGCUCGCGAGAAGAAUUCGGAUUGACAGUGGCAGAUAUUGCGAUUCUCCGCAAAGAAGAACUGUGUCUGAAAGUCACUCCCGAUGUCGACCAUCCAGCGAUCUCGGUCGUUUUUCCCAUGUCUAUACAGGACCCCGGGUUGUUCAAAUGUCUCCUCGUGGGUGCUCAAAGUCUGCAUGACUGGCGUCGUGAUCCCUUUCACGUCAACCGCUCGCGUCCCAUGAUCAAGUUGCAGAAUGAAGCCAUUCUUGCCCUGCGCACCCGACUUUCCGCACCAUCUGCCUAUCUCGACGAUGGUGUCUUGAUCUCGAUUACUCAUCUUAUGAUAGCCGAUUCGUGUCGCCGGGACUUGGUGUCGUUGAAAUCCCAUCUCAAAGGGGCCAGGCAAAUCAUCUCGAUGCGCGGGGGACUUGGAACCUCGCCAGCUCACCUGGCAAUCCGAGCCCUUUUGACGACAGUGGAGUUUUAUAUUGCCUUGGGCCAAUAUCUUCAGAUCAGUCCUGAUGAUCCGACCGCCAUUCCUGUCCACCAGAUCGAAUACGUCCGACAUCCAUUCCCCCCCGACAUCUGCCGUGACGUCGCCACCCUCCCCGUCGGUCUUGCUGAGGCUGCCCUUUCCGGGCAUCUGAGCGUUCAGUGUAUCAAGCUCCUUGCUUCAGUGGCGUCAUGGGCAUCCUUGGUGGAUGGCCCCGAUCCGUCUUCGCCAGAUGAAACACGAGAACGAGACUCAAAAGACAGAUAUUGCAGGCUCUUCUGCGAACCCAGAGAAUGUUCCCGCAGCGCCAUCAUGAUCCUGCUUGAUCUCAAAAGAGCCGGAUUACCUGUGGGCUUGGAACAUGUCAUCUGCCUAGGCUUGGCCAUCGCUGUCCGGCACGUCAGCGGCGAGAACCGUACCAACAUCUUCGACACUGCCUCGCUCGCUGCGUUGACCAAGAGCGUCAAAGACAUCGACAAUCCGUCAGUAUCGGACUCUGAAGUCAUCAUCUGGCUUUCCCUGGUCAUCAGCUGGCGCACACAAUCCCCGAAGCCUGUGCCCAAGGCUGACGCUCUCCUGGACUACGUUCUGGAUUCCUUCCACGCGACCCGUUCCUGGAAGAAAGUGUCGGCCAUAUGUCGCAAAUUCUGGUGGUUCGAGCGGUUCCAGGUGGAAUGGGAGCAGUGCUGGGCUCGGGGCAUUGCCAGACAGCAACAACGGGCGUUGAUGGAACAACCUCACCCCGCGAGCUACAGAAGACGAUCUUCAGCGGGCCAAUCAUCGAGCAUUGCGGCUCUCCAGAAAUACACCGCGCACAUUGGAUCUGGGUGA